AUGGCAUAUAAAAUAAAGUUAGCUGUUGUCAAAUUUUGUGAAGAGACAUGUAGCAGAUUAUUCGCCUUGAAUGAGAUUGCUCCUGCACGUUUUUUUGAAGAGAAAGCUAAAUUUUUCAAACAACAAUGUAUUACAACUGGAAAGAUAAAUGCUUGUCAUGUAUUAAUUAUUCCAUUAAAUACAACUGAUGAAAAUUUAUAUGAUUUUCAAGAACGUCUUAUACAUUUAUGUUACAACUUAUGUGGUGAUUAUGAACCAACAGUUUGUACACUGUAUGAUUAUUUACCAUCAAAUGAACGUAUUGAUUUUAAUGAAAAUCCAUAUGCUGAUAUUUUGUGUAAUUAUGUAAAAAAGCUUUCAUCAAUUCGAUUGUAUCUGAUUGGAAAUGAAGCUAAUAUAGAAAAUUCAGCCAGUAAAUAUUUCUUCGAAAACGAAUCAGAUGAUGUUACUGCAGCUGAUGAAUAUGAUACAAAAGUUACACUUAUUGAAAAUGAACCAAUCAGUGAGUCUAUUAGACAAAAUUUAGCAAAUGUACUUAAUGUUAGACGAUCAAUGACAAAUAUGAUCAUAAAACGAUACCAUCAAAUUGAAAAUGAUAUUAAAUUUCCUGCUGCUCUUGAACGUGCCAAUGUUACUAUUCAAAGACGUGAAAUGGUUGCUGAUAUUGAAUUGCGACAACGAGCUGAAGGUCGUCCAGAAAGUCCUUUCGAAUUUAGUGCAUCGUUUCAUACGAUUGCACAAGCUCAAUACAGUGCAACAGAACAUAAUAAUAAUGCUGGUGAUGGCAAUAUUAAUAAUAUGAUUCAAUAUGAAUCUACAGAAUCUUUAUCUUAA